AUGCCUGGAAUGGGCUCGAGAUCACCUCACCUCUGCCUCUUGGAAUUCCUAGCUCUACUCAACGCUCAACUCAAGCGUUUUACCAUCGCCACCCCUGAGAUCACUCUGCACGGCCUCCGACUAGAGUGUGCAUUUGCUUAUGGGGUACGUGUGAUUGACCACAGGAGGAGGCUGCAGUUUCCCCUUCGGAAAGCUUUAGCUGACGCCUACCUGGAGAGGGUGAUGAACAUCAUGGAUCCACUGAUCAAGAGAACACGAAAUAUUCCCCGUACCAAGGCAAAAAGAGACUGCCCUGACUCUCACGGCUGGUCUUCCUCUUUCUUCCCCCAGAUCUAUGAUGUAGAGCAUACAUACUUCAGCAAUGGGGAGAAGAAAAAGAUCUUGAUGGAAAUUGACCCUAUAACCAAAACAGAGAUAUUCCGAAGCGGAAAUGGCAGCGACGAGACAUUGGAAAUUCACGAUUUUAAAAACGGCUACACUGGUAUCUUCUUCGCUGAGCUCCAAAAAUGCUUCCUGAAAACGCAGAUUAAAGUCAUUCCUGAUUUUGAUGAAACUGAGAUGGAAGAUGCUGAGAAUGACGAAAUCACCACCACCUACUUUGAGCAAUCUAUGGUUUGGAUUCCGGGAGAGAAGCCUAUUGAAAACAAAGAUUUCCUGAAGGGCUCCAAGAUCUUUGAGGUGUGCCAGAAUGUGAGCAUCCACUGGAUCCACCCCACGCUCCUCACAGCUUCUGAAUUCCAGGACUUCGAGGGCGGAAAUGAAAACGUCCACUUUCUCACAAACCGAAAAAGUGGGAUUGAUGUCAAUGAGCAGUGGGUGGACCCAGAAGUGAAGCCUGGGAAGAAACGCCAGAGCCGACAACUGGCGGAAGAGGAUCUCCCAGUGAACGACUAUACCGAAAAUGGAGUCGAAUUUGACCCCAUGCUGGAUGAAAGAGGUUAUUGUUGUAUUUACUGUCGUCGGGGUAACCGCUAUUGCCGCCGGGUGUGUGAGCCUUUACUGGGCUUCUACCCCUACCCGUACUGCUACCAAGGUGGAAGGGUCAUCUGUCGGGUUAUCAUGCCUUGUAACUGGUGGGUGGCGCGCAUGUUGGGGAGGGUCUAGUGCCAAACUGAGGCACCAUGCAAGUAAGCCAAUCCACGAUAUCCAAGUGUAACCCAGUGAACGUAUGCCCAUGAGGCACUUGGCUACUUGGCCUCUACCACUAUUAUGUAGUUACCUUCUUAUUACUCUCAUGUAAAUGCAUGUGGCAUCAAUGGCCUGAUUCCUGCCAAACCCUCUCCAUGUAUCCGGGCAGAAGGUCCUGCCCAGCCGCCUGCCCACCCCCAAAUGGUACAGAUCUGUCUUGACCAGGCAAGUUCAGUAGAACAGCUCCCAAUAUGUUGGGGCCUGCAACCAGCUGGGGAGAGGAGGGAGGGAGGGCGGGCAGGCAGGAUUCCCAAAUAUCGCCUUUUCCGAUGUUGUAUGGAGAAUGCGGAAAUGAAAGGCUGAUAAUAAAA